AAAAAAUUGAGAGCGUCAAAACAGGGGAGAGUGCUCGCGGCGGACCAGACGCGAACUCUCCUGAAGCAGCCCCGCCCGACCCAACCAACGCAAGCCAAGCUGCCGAAAGGAGGAGCAAACCUCCCGGCUAGCGCAAGAGAUGGAGGAUACGGCGGCAGCGGUGGAGCCUGCGGCGGAGAAGGCGACGUCGUACAGGUACUGGGUGCGGGAGGCGACGGGCGACGCCGCGCCGCUGCCCGCGCCCCGCAAGCUCGACGCCGCCGACCUCGCGGCCAACCCCGCGCCGGCCACACUCGGCUCCGUCUGGAACCAGGCUGGCACCUGGGAGGAAAAGAACCUGAAUUCAUGGGCCAAUAGUAGGAUAAAGGAUUUACUGGGGUCUUUAGAUCCUUUGGAAUUCUCUACUGGCAAGGCAUCUGUUUAUGAAGUAUUCAGAUGCUCAGGCGAUGCGUUCUUAGUCACAGUUCGCAAUAAGAAGAGAGUGGGCUAUAAUUAUGAACUGAGCUUAAAGUUCAAAGGUGAAUGGUUAAUUAAGGAAGAAAACAAGAAGGUCAAAGGUCACCUGGAGAUUCCUGAAUUUUCAUUUGGCGAGCUUGAAGACUUGGAGGUAAAUGUAAGGUUGAGCGAUGACAAGGAUCUCCCGUCUGACGUCAAAUUGCAAAUUUGCAAGGAUAUGAAGUCCUUCCUUGCACCUAUUCAGGAGAAACUGCGCGAGUUUGAGAAGGAGCUGAAAGAAAGAUAGCGAACUGGGUAGAAGGGCAAGUGACGCACACGCUGUUCGCCCUUUUGAAAUUACCAAUCCAUUCAUGAAACCGUUUGGCCGUAUUGGAUCUGCAAUGUGCGGUUCGCAUAGUUGAUCUGUACACCGUUGUUUUUUUUCUGUGCUUGUAAUUCUGUUGAGCUUCAGGUCCGUGUGGGCGGAAACUCUGUAACCUGUAUGCCUGGUUUUGUUCUGAGCGCCAAGUUUUGUGCGUGGAAGACUGGUAGUGCUGCUGGACUGAACGACCGCAUCUGCCCGUGUCCAUUCA